AUGGGCUUCAAGACUUCAGGACCUGCUCUUUCCUCCCGCGCUUCGGCUGCCUCCAGAUCUUCCACCACGGGCCUCAAGGCCUCGGCGGUUUCGACUGCCUCCCCUACCGCCACCCUUUCCACCGCUUCCGCCCUGAGUAGAUCUGCUGCGGGCUUCAAGAUUGCGACGGUUUCGACUACCUCCUUUUCCACCUCCCUUGCUACCGCUUCCGCCCUGGGGAGAUCUGCUGCGGGCUUCAAGAUCGCGUUCUUCGAGAUCAUCGUUGAAGUCACGCUCCCCGAGCUCCUCAAAGUCCCGUGGGUUGACAGGCGGAGCAAGGCCAGCUCGCUCCACCAGGGUAAGCUCGCCGCUGGCAUCGUUUAUUUCCAGAGCAAGUCCCUUGCUGGCGAGACCGCACCAGACGAGAGUGACAAGAGCGAGAUGCUGAGCGACGACCAUUUUGACUUAAUUGAGAGGAAACUGAGCAAUAAAAAUUGA